GCCAACUGCCUUUGCUCCUGUCCUCACAGCAUCCAGGAACAUUUCGAUGUCUUCCAACUGUCUCCCUUGUCAAUCAAGGUGAGACUCAGAGUUUGAAUAUAACAGACACUGUCCAUAUUUGAAAACAUGAAGGUUCGGAAGGGCCCCCGGCUUCUCCUCCUCUUGCUCAGAUGCCGGGGCUCCAAUCUUCAUCAGCCUCUUCUAAUUACGCCAAGAAAUCCUUUUUUGGAGCCUGGUUCUCCCUAUCUUGCCUGAACUAGAAGUUCAGUGGACACUUGUGAACUCGAUCCCAAUAGGGCUGACCUAGAUGCUUUCCCCUCCUCUCAGCCCACUCCUCCGUAGGCAGCCUGAUGACACUCCACUCGCCAGGAACACCCAACUCCAGAACUCAAGGAAUCCACGCUGCUUAAUCAAAGCAACAUACCCGUCUUGGUUUCUCUGGGCUCUUGGGCCUGUGUUCCAAAGUUCCCAUUCAGCUCUGAUUUUUUGGUUGACAAUGUUUGAAAGUCCUCUAGCCAGCCACAGACUCGGUUAUCGUUAGUUGCUAAGCCAGAAUCCUUUCCCUCUUGGGACCUCAUAUUGGGAGGCAUCUUGCUUGUGGCUCCCUGGGGUCCCCUUAGGUCUGAGGCUGCCCCUGAAUGCAUUUUUUCCUGAUGGAUUUUGGCCAUGGCCGUCCUUUCAGGACAAGACUGCUGGAUUGGUUUCCUGCCUUCGUCUUCCCUUUUGGUUCUAACAAACCCAUUCUCUCUUUCGGCAGUGAUGCCCCAGGAUGUGGAACUACUUGACCCUGUUGCUGCUGUCGGCACUGCUCCAGGCCUCCCCUGAGAGGGAAGCCACCCAUCACUGCCCUCAGGUCUGCAUCUGUAACAGCGUCAAGAAAUCCGUCUUGUGCCAGAACCAGAACCUCACCAAAGUGCCAGCCUCCGCCCCCCAGCUGACUCAGAAACUGGAUCUGCGAGGCAACGCUUUCGAGGUGCUCCCCGCCCGGGCCUUCCAGCCGCUCCUCUACCUGACCCACCUGGAUCUGCAGGCGUGCCAGCUGAGGCAGGUGCACAAGGGGGCCUUCCAGGGCCUGCUGCUCCUGUCCUACCUCAACCUGGCCUCCAACAACCUCUCGGUCCUGCCCAGAGGGGCCCUGGAUGGGCCCAUUCUCCUGAGGCAGCUGGUCCUGGAGAACAACCGGCUGAAGGAGAUCCAGCCGGGGACCUUUGGCCAGCUGCCCUUCCUCAGCCUCCUCAACUUGGCUCACAACAGCCUGGAGUCCCUGCCCGACGGGGCUUUCCAGGGGCUGCCGCGGGCCUGGUGGCUGCGGCUGUCCCACAACGGCCUCCGCGAGCUGGCCCCGGAAUCGCUGGUGGGCCUGGCGCGCCUGCGCAGGCUCAGCCUGGACCACAACGAGCUGGAGGCCCUGCCCUGGGAGGCACUGGCGCCCCUGCGUGGCCUGGUGCACCUGGAUCUGGGCCACAACCCGCUGAACUCCCUGGCCGAGCAGGAGGGCCUGGCCCUGCCCGAGCUGCGCUACCUGACCCUGGACGGCGCCUCGCUGCAGGGAGUCCGGCCGGCCGCGCUCUCCCGCUGUCCCCGCCUCUACACCGUGGAUCUCCGGGACAACCAGCUGGAGACGCUGCCUCCGCUGCAGGGCCUGGACAGGCUGCACAAGCUCAACCUGAGCGGGAACCCGCUGCGCUGUGACUGCGCCGCCCGGCCCCUGCGCGACUGGGCUAUCAGGAACUGGGUGACGCUGGACGGGCUGUGCCGCGAGCCUAGCCUGCUCAGAGGGCAGCGGCUGGCGUGGCUACGGGAAGAGGACCUGCGGUGUCAGGGGCUGGGGGGGCUGGGGGGGACCCGGGGCCCCCCAGGGGCCCCCAAGGACACCGCCCAGCCCUGCCCCUUGGCUUGCACCUGCUCCUCGCUUUCCCGCCACAGUAGCUGUGAGAACAAGGGCCUCAUGCUCAUCCCCUCUCGGUUCCCCAACGACACGCGCCUCCUGGAUCUGAACUGGAACAAGUUUACUUCGGUGCCUCGGUUCGCCUUCCGACGCUUGGGUCGGCUCGUGUCGCUGCACCUGCAGCACUGCCAGGUGGCCCGCGUGGCCCCAGGGGCCCUCAGUGGCUUGGGCCAGCUGGUCUACCUCUACCUCUCGGACAACCGGCUCUCGGAGCUCAGCGCCGCCGCCCUGCAGGGCGUCCCCCGCCUCCGAUACCUGUACCUGGACGGCAACCGCUUCACCCGGGUGCCUCGGGCCGUGCUGUGGGCUCUGCCCAGCCUGGUGGGCCUCCACCUGGAGCGCAACGCUCUCCACCACCUGGCCCUGAGCGACUUCGCCGGCGCCCCCAGCCUCCGUUGGCUCCACGUGAACGGGAACAACAUCUCUCGUGUCACGCCUGGCCCAGCACCGAGGUUGGAGGGCCUUUAUCUGGGCGGCAAUCGGCUGGGCGCCGUGCCGACGGGGGCUUUGGGGGGGCUGCCCGCCCUCCGGGAGCUGGAGCUGUCAGGCAACCCCCUGGCGGCCCUGCAGGAAGGAGCCUUCCUGCCUGUGGCCCGCACCUUGCAGCACCUCCACCUGAGCGGCACCCAGCUCCGGCAGAUUUCUCCGGAGGCCUUGGCCGGCCUGGAGCCCGGGCUCAGGAGCCUGUAUCUGGAGGAGAAUCAGCUGCAGACGCUGCCGGCCAUGGAGGCCUUUUCCCAGCUGGAGGUCGUGGACCUCGGCGAGAACCCCCUGCACUGUGACUGCCAGCUGCUCCCGCUGCACAGGCGGCUCGCUGGCCAGAACCUACCUGGCGAGGCCACGUGCGAAUCCCCGCCCAGUGCUCAGGGCCAGAAGGUGAAGGAGGCGGCUGCUGUCUUUGAGGCCUGCCUAGAGAAGGAGCCCCUGGACCCGCCGGCCUCCCGGCAGGACGUGACGGAAACUCCCGGGCAAAGGAGUCAGCGGGCGGCCGCUGGGGCUGGCGGCCAGCCAGGCCUGUCCUAG